GAUUCACUUCACUGCCAUUUUCCGUUUGCGUUGUAUAGUUUCCGCUGUCUUCACGUUAAAUGUUGUAAUAUUAUUGUGUAUUCUGCAUCCAGCUGUCGUUUCGGUCUCAUUUCUGCCCGUCAGGAUGAUCCUGACCGAAGACGCGUCCGCUCGCAAGCGAGAGAUCGAGGACAAACUCAAGCAGGAGCAAGAAACUUUGUCUUUUAUUCGUGAAAGCCUGGAGAAGAGUGAUCAGCUCACUAAAGGAAUGGUGUCCAUCCUGUCCUCGUUCGAGAGCCGUCUGAUGCAGCUGGAGAACUCCAUCAUCCCGGUCCAUAAGCAGACGGAGAAUCUGCAGCGUCUGCAGGAGAACGUGGACAAAACUCUCUCCUGCUUGGAUCACGUCAUCAGUUAUUAUCACGUGGCCAAAGACACCGAUAAGAUCAUCCGGGAAGGGCCUGCAGGUCGUCUGGAUGAGUAUCUGGCCUGCAUUGCAAAGAUCCAGAAAGCCGUGGAGUAUUUUCAGGACAACAAUCCCGACAGUCCCGAGCUCAACACAGUGAAAGCACGCUUCGAGAAGGGGAAGGAGCUGCUGGAGGCGGAGUUUCGCAGCCUGCUGAUGCGCUACAGCAAGCCAGUGCCGCCCAUCCUCAUCCUGGACGCCAUCGGAGGAGACGAGGACAUGGAGGUGCAGGAGGACGUGACGCUGGAGCACCUGCCCGAAGCCGUCCUGCAGGACAUCAUCUGCAUCUCUGCCUGGCUGGUGGAGUACGGACACAACCAAGACUUCAUGAACGUGUAUUUCCAGGUGCGGUCCAGUCAGCUGGAUCGGUCCAUUAAGGGACUGAAGGAGCAUUUCCGUAAGAACAGCGCCACCUCUGCCAUGCACUCGCCCGCUGUUCAGACCAAACGCAAGGAGACGCCCACCAAGAAGCCUCCCAAAAGACCAGUCUACAUCCCAGGCACGAUCCGUAAGGCUCAGAAUCUGCUCAAACAGUACUCUCAGCAUGGCCUGGAUGGGAAAAAGGGUUCUAACCUCACUCCUCUGGAAGGGAAGGAUGACGUGUUGGACAUCGAGAUCGAUUCGUACAUCCACUGCAUCAGUGCGUUUGUGAAGCUGGCUCAGAGUGAAUACGUGUUACUGACCGAGAUCAUCCCAGAACAUCACCAGAAGAAGACCUUCGACUCGCUCAUACAGGAAGCGCUGGAUAAUCUGAUGCUGGAGGGUGAUAACAUCAUCUCCGCGGCGCGUCGAGCCAUCAUGAGACACGAUUACUCUGCUGUGCUGACCAUCUUCCCCAUCCUGCGCCACCUCAAGCAGACCAAACCUGACUUUGACGCCACGCUACAGGGAACGGCUGCCAGCACCAAGAACAAGCUCCCAGCUCUCAUCACCUCUAUGGAGACCAUCGGAGCGAAAGCGCUGGAGGAGUUUGCUGACAGCAUUAAGAAUGAUCCAGAUAAAGAGUACAACAUGCCGAAAGACGGAACCGUACAUGAGCUCACAAGCAAUGCCAUCCUGUUCCUGCAGCAGCUGCUGGACUUCCAGGAAACAGCAGGAGCGAUGCUGGCCUCUCAGGUACUCGGGGACACUUACAAUAUUCCUUUAGACCCCCGAGAGAGCAGCUCGUCUGCCAGCAGCUACAGUUCAGAGUUCAGCCGGAGACUCCUGAGCACAUACAUCUAUAAAGUCCUCGGUAACCUGCAGCUGAAUCUGUCAAAUAAAGCUAAAGUGUAUGAAGAUCCGGCCCUGCGCGCCGUCUUCCUUCACAACAACUACAACUACAUCCUCAAAUCCCUGGAGAAGUCGGAGUUGAUUCAGCUGGUUGCUGUGACCCAUAAGAAGGUGGAGGGUUCGUACAGAGAGCUCAUCGAGCAGGAGAUCCAGAAUUACCAGCGCAGCUGGCUGAAGGUCACAGAGCAUCUUACAGAGAGAAACAUCCCAGCAUUCCAGCCUGGAACCAAACUCAAAGACAAGGAACGACAGAUCAUCAAGGACAAGUUCAAGGGUUUUAAUGAGGGUCUGGAGGAGCUGUGCAAGAUCCAGCAGGGCUGGGCGGUUCCUGAUAAAGAGCAGCGGGACGCCAUCCGUCAGGCUGAGAAGAGAGUGGUUUCCGAGGCGUACAGAGCCUUCCUUCAGCGAUGCGCGAACAUCUCAUUCACCAAAAACCCAGAGAAGUACCACCGCUACUCACCGGAGCAGGUGGAGGAGAUGAUUGACAAGCUCUUUGACACCUCAGCCUAGGCCACGCCUCUGGUUUCCUUGGCAACAAACAUGCUGCUUUCUCCUGUAAGACAGUCUGCUUCAUAACACACUACACAACUGGAACGUCUUCGUUCGUUUUUGCUUGCUUUUUGUAUAAAUGUAUUUAUGUAUAUGUUUUCGGGGGGUUAACUGCAGUAAUAAAUAGAAUUCACUCAAUUCUUCAGUUUCUUGAAUUAUGCUGCGUUUAUGAGACCAUGACGGUUUCAAACACACUACAAACACAGGUGUAAUGUGCAGUAAAAACAUCAGAAGUUGCA